AUGGCUCUGAUGGGAUGCGAUCUGACAGAGCAAAGUUGUUCAGCACUGGCCUCAGUCCUCAGCUCAAACUCCUCAAGUCUGAGAGAGCUGGACCUGAGUAACAAUGACCUGCAGGAUUCAGGAGUGAAGCUGCUCUCUGAUGCACUGAAGAGUCCUCACUGUACACUGGAAAUACUGAGAUUAUCUGGCUGUAUGGUGACAGAGGAAGGCUGUUGUUCUGUGGCAUCAGCUCUGAGAUCAAAUCUCUCAUGCCUGAAAGAGCUGGAUCUGAGCUACAAUCACCCAGGAGAAUCAGGAGUCAGGCUGCUCUCUGAAAGACUCAACGAUCCAAACUGCACACUGGACAAACUUAAUGUGGAUCAUGGAGGAGAGUUCAGGAUUACAGCAGGACCACACAAAUUUGUCUGUGAUCUCACACUGGAUUCAAACACAGCACACACUGAACUCAUUCUGUCUGAGGGGAACAGGAAGGUGACAUGUGUGAGAGAGCGUCAGUCAUAUCCUGAUCAUCCAGAGAGAUUUGAUGAGUGUCCUCAGGUUCUGUGUAGAGAGAGUCUGACUGGACGCUGUUACUGGGAGACUCAAUGGAGUGGAGAUGAUGCUGUUAUAUCAGUGUCAUAUAAAGAAAUCAGCAGAAAAGGAUGGAGUGAUGACUGUGUGUUUGGACUCAAUGUAAACUCCUGGAGUCUGUUCUGCUUUAAUAACACAUUCACUGUCUGGCACAAUAAUAACAGCACUGACAUUCGUCCCCCUUCACACGACUGUAAGAGAGUAGGAGUGUAUGUGGACUGUCCGGCCGGCACUCUGUCCUUCUACAGCGUCUCUGACACACACACACUCACACACUUACACACACUCAUCACCACAUUCACUCGACCCCUCUAUGCUGGAUUUAGAGUAGUUUUUACUGAUUCCUCAGUGUGUGUGUGUGAAAUGGAUCAUCAGAGACACACACACACAACUGGAUGAGUGAAAUAUACUCACUGUAUCUCACAUCAACACAACUCCAAACUCUUUCUAGAAAUCAUUUCAUCAAUGAAACUGAUUGAAUUCAAUACAAUGACAGUACUUUGUGUCUCACUGUGAUGUGAUUGAACUUAUUUACUAUCAGAUUCAAUAAUAAAAAUAAUGAUUUGAAAUGAAUAAAUGAGUCUAUAUAUGAACUCUUUAUUAAACACACGGCACAUUCAGAUACUCAUUGUUUUAUUUAUACUAAAUAAACAUUUACAAAUACAGAAUUCUUGUGAUUUUUCUACAGUAUAUAAAUCUUAAUACUUAACAGACAAUUCUAGAAAAAACAGCUUCACACUUUUGCAUUCAUAAAUGGAUUUAUAAGAACUAAUUACAGGAUCAUUUAAAGUUGGUGUAAAUUUGACAGAUUUGAAGAGUUCACUCAUUGAUAAAAGUCAAAUGCUGUCAUCAUACACACACCCUCAUGUUGUUCUGAACCUUACACAUGUUGUGGUUUCUCUGUUUUUACUAUCAUAAUUAAUCUGUUGUUAAUGCUGAAAUGUUUUUAG